AUAGAGAGGGGGAGGAGUGUGAGUGGUUAGCAGGUAGCAGCAGAAUCAAUCUCACUGCCGCGCUCCCCCAGGGCAGUGUGUGGCAGAGGGUGAGGGAAGAGAGGAAGGGACAGCUCGAUCAUUCCUCCUCCUCCUCACUUCCCUCAUGCGGUGGAAUGAUGCCAGGGAGCUCGGGAUGAGAUGAGCUCGGGAUUGGGACGCAGCGAUCGUGACAGCCGUGAUCUGCUGCUUCUGAAGCCCGGGAGAGGGGGGGACAAGCAGCCGCAAACCCUGACAGACAGCAGGGCGACUCUGGGGACUGAGGGUUCAGCAGGCAGUCCCAGUCACUGAACUUCCCAAAUCCUCCACCGCUCUCUUCUUUAUCAUUUAAUCCAACGUUUUGUUUUAUUUUGAGCGCGAAGUGGCGGAGAGAGAAGACAACUGUCGUUUGGAGGGUUUUUUUCUUUGUAUUUAAUAUCGGGAUGAUUCACUCGCUGAUUUUCGCAAGUGAUGGUCCCGAGAAACAGGUGCACAGAGUACGAUUACCAGUGGCUGUUUAAAAUUUCAAAUGCUGAAAACAACUGAGAUAAUGUCAGGACAACUAUACCAACUGAAACAAGCUACAAUUACAAGUGCUGCUUUAACAUAUGUCGAAAAUACCUGCGCUGAUGUACGUCACCACGUCGUCAGGAUUCAUCCACUGUCCAAGGGUGUAGUGAUUUCACCAAUGGUUGCUUGUAGGGUUCUUAGGAAUCAGUUGCCAGGAAAACAGAAGAAGGUUAUCUCCUUUCCGCCCCAGUACAUCUGUAGUCCCAAGAUCUGCAGCUGGGACAGAGGAUACCUGCCUUACAAUGGAGAUCAUUGUUCUUGGAGAUUCAGUCAGAUUGUCAUUUGCCAAUGACUCUUCAGCACACAGAAUACGCCUGGUGAAUUCAAAUUGAACGCAGUCUUCCCAAAGGCAAAAGAGAUAUUCUAUAUUGCCAUUAUUUGAAAAGUUGUUAUGAUAUUACCUGCCAUUGAAAAUCUGAAGUUUCCACCCACGCUUGAAGGAAGCAGCCGUUACAAGGAGUAAAGAUUACAAUAAUAAAUUGAACUCAAGAAAACAAACAUCCAAUAAAGUAUGAAUGUUGAACAAGAUGACAUUGCAUCCACAGCAGAUGAUGAUAGGUCCAAAGUUUAACAGGGCCAUACUCGACCCCUUAUUUGUGCUGCUGUUGGCUCUACAACUCCUCGUGGUGGCCGGUUUGGUCAGAGCUCAGACUUGUCCUUCUGUCUGCUCCUGUAGUAACCAGUUCAGCAAAGUGAUCUGCACAAGACGGAACUUGAGGGAAGUACCAGAUAGCAUCUCCAUCAAUACACGCUAUUUGAACCUGCAAGAGAACGGGAUCCAAGUCAUCAAAGCCGACAGCUUCAAGCAUUUAAGGCACUUAGAGAUUCUACAGUUGAGUAAGAACCAUAUCCGACAAAUUGAGGUUGGAGCCUUCAAUGGCCUAACCAAUCUCAACACCCUGGAGCUGUUUGACAACCGCCUUUCCACCAUUCCGAGUGGAGCUUUUGAGUACCUCUCCAAACUGAAGGAACUGUGGCUGAGGAACAAUCCAAUUGAAAGCAUACCGUCAUAUGCUUUCAAUCGAGUUCCUUCCCUUCGGAGGUUAGACUUAGGUGAACUAAAGAGACUUGAAUACAUUUCGGAUAGAGCUUUUGAAGGUCUGUCAAACUUAAGAUAUUUGAAUCUUGGUAUGUGUAAUCUUCGGGAAAUCCCAAACCUCACACCUCUGACCAAAUUGGAGGAACUGGAACUAUCAGGGAAUCGGCUUUCGCUAAUCCGACCGGGCUCCUUUCAAGGUUUGACAAACCUGCAGAAACUAUGGAUGAUGCAUGCUCAGAUCCAGGUGAUUGAGAGGAAUGCCUUCGAUGACCUUCAGUCACUAAUAGAGCUUAACCUGGCUCACAACAACCUGACUCUGCUGCCUCAUGACCUCUUCACCCCACUUCACCACCUGGAGCGUGUCCACUUGCAUCACAACCCAUGGAACUGCAAUUGUGACAUUUUGUGGCUGAGCUGGUGGCUGAAGGAGAUUGUGCCAUCCAACACAACAUGCUGCGCCCGUUGCCAUGCACCCCCAAGUUUAAAAGGGAAUUAUAUCGGGGAACUGGACCAGAACAAAUUCAACUGUUAUGCUCCAGUUAUAGUUGAGGCUCCCACUGACCUCAAUCUGACAGAGGGAAUGGCUGCGGAAUUAAAAUGUCGAGCAUCAACCUCCAUGACCUCAGUGAGCUGGAUUACUCCAAAUGGCACAAUAAUGACUCACGGAGCUUACAAAGUUCGGAUUUCUGUGCUCAAUGAUGGCACGUUAAAUUUUACAAACGUUACUGCCCAGGACACAGGGUUGUACACUUGUUUGGUGAGUAAUUCUGCAGGGAACACGACAGCUUCAGCUACGCUAAAUGUGACUGCUACAGAAAACAGCACCUUCACUUACUUUACAACUGUCACCGUGGAGACUAUGGAACCGUCUGUACAGGUACACACGACAGAUGACAAAUUUAGACCCACACCUUUCAGUGACUGGGAUACUACGUUUGUGACAACCUCCUUGACUCCUCGCAGUACAAAGUCGACGGAAAAAACAGUCACUAUUGCUAUUACUGAUGCAGGAGGGAAUCUCAUGCCCGGCCUGGAUGAGGUGAUGAAAACUACAAAGAUUAUUAUUGGUUGCUUUGUAGCCAUCACACUGAUGGCGGCAGUGAUGUUAAUCAUUUUUUACAAAAUGCGUAAACAGCAUCACCACCAGAAUCACCAUGCUCCCACCAGGACCAUCGAGAUCAUCAAUGUAGGUGAUGACAUCGCAGGAAGUACUGCUGUGGAGAGUCACCUGACCAUACCCGCUAUAGAGCACGAGCAUAUGAACCACUAUAACUCUUAUAAAACUCCGUUCAACCACAGCACCACAGUAAACACAAUAAACUCACUACACAGCUCUGUGCAUGAUCCAUUACUGAUGCGAGUGAACUCUAAGGACAAUGUACAAGAGACACAAAUAUGAGUUGGGGGGACACACAAAUUUGCAAAUGACAACAGGACAAGGCUGAUUCUACUGUUUAAAAGAAGUGUCUUUAAAGAGGUUUAUUUAUUAAAAAAUAAUUCUAUUGUGAUCUAAAAUAGAGACAAUUAUGUGUAUUCUAAACACUGAUUUGACAUACAAUGCUGCGCCCAUUAAUUUAGUCAUCACCAUGUUUUUCAUAGGGGAUUUUGAUUCUCUAAGGGACUAUUCAGAUAUUUUGUAAGAAUUAUGUUUCACAUGGGGUUUUUAUGGUGAAUUCUAGUGGUGAGAUUCGGUCUGUUUUGUCUCUUUCUGUUAUUUCAUGAGCUCUUACGACUGGUAAUGACAGGGAAUGCAGUAUUAGAGGUAGAUUUAUAUUAAAUCUUUUAUUUUCCAUGUA